GGGAUCGCAGCCGGUCUCGCGCGUCCGCUUUCAUUUGCGUCGCUGUUCGCGAGACUGUUUGACUUGUACCGCUCGAAAUGCGCUCCGCGUCGCUGACCAUUCUCUUGUGCAUCUUCGAGUGUAUCGGCGUCGUGCUCGCGAUAUGCACCGUGAGCGAACACCAAGGAGAUUCCGGUCGUCGCGUGCAAUGCCAGAACGCGAGCUUGCACUCGGUGCUGUCUCAACCGUCAUCCAACGUGGGUACAAUGAUGAUCCUAAACUCGAUGCUACGUCAGAUACCGGAGCGAGCUUUCGACAAUUACUCGACGAGCCUGCAGAUCUUGAACAUUCGCAAGUGCGGCAUUAGGGAGAUCCACGAGGGAGCUUUCUACGGGCUGGCCAGGUUGAAGAGGCUCAGCCUGUCCGACAACGACAUCGCGGCGGUGAAGGAGGAGUGGUUCAGGGACACCGUCUACCUCGAACAAUUGGACCUGUCCUACAACAAGAUCAGCACACUGCAACCGAUCAUUUUCUCGAAAAUGCUGCUGCUCAAGCGUCUCGACCUCACGGAGAAUCGCUUGGCUUGCUUCGACUACAAUAGCCUGCCCGGGGGCAUCGAUAAAGUCUACUUCGCCGGGAAUCCCCUGAGCUUCCUGUGCCGCGGAAAGAUGACACUGUGGAUGCGGGACCACGGGGUGAGCUACAAGUCCGGGACCGACGAGAAGGAGACGUGGUUGGACAAGCUACUUUGGCUCUGCGCCAUCGACGACCCGGCGGCCGCGGAAUCUGAGCUGCUGAUCAAACAGUGCGUGAUCAUGAAUCUGUUCAAUCAGCUGCGGACCGGUUUGACCACGGCCGAUAGCUACCCCCGCUACUUCUCGAAAUGCGUGGAUCCUGGAUACUUUCUGAUCGACUGCGUACUGAAGGAAGCUGAGCCGCACCGGACUGACACGAACGCGAACGUGAUCUCGAAUCUUCUGUUGUACCUGCGGCACGCCAAGUCUGGCUGAGGAUUUACAUUUUUAUUGUCUAUUCACCUAACCUCUUGCUGUACUUCGACACGUUGAGAAAGAUGUUAUACUUUUUGUUUGACAUCGGUGCGUGACACCGGCAGUGUCGAGGUUAACCCUUUGAACUCUAGGCUCCAAUAUUGCACCAGGAAUAAUGUUAGAUAUUUUAAUGAAUUUUAAGAAAACUACCUUAAGAUUAUUUGAUUUUCCACACAUCCAAAUUUUGUACUAAGGAAAAUAAAAGA